AGAGGAAAAGGCCUCUCUCAGUUCAGACACUUAAGCAUUAGUUCAUGGACUGUCCUGGGACAGGGUCUGGCUCAGGCAGCCACAGAACCAGGGAUCAGUCAACGAUGCUGCUGUUGCUGCCGCUGGUAUGGGGGUUAUGGUGCCUGACAGCUCUGAUGCAGGGAGGGACAGCUUCCGCUGCCUUCCUGCCCCCCAGCGUGGAGAGGCUGUUCCAGGAGUUUAGCAACAUCUUUGAGCAGAGUCGGGAAACGAUGGGGAAAGACAGGUUUGAGACUUCGGUGGAUAUCAGCCAGCUGCCCUCAAACUACCACAAUGAGGAGAAGCAUCAACGGAAAGUGGGGAAUGCCACAGUGUACAGCCACCAUGAAAUCAGCAAAAUGAUGGAUAACCGUACAGGCGAGAUGAUGUUUUCAGAGAAAACUGUGACUUCUAUUGAACAGGCAGACACCCACCCCAAUGAGAAGGAGAAAAAGCCAGUGACUAGUCAGGAAGAAAAUGGCGGUGAGGCAGACAGAGAGACCACUGGGCUCAGGUUCUUCAAGUUGGGUCUCCCCCAGCCUAGGCCUAGGCUGACCUUUCUCAUCUUUCGCUUGCCCAAGCACCUAAAGAACAAGCCCAUCACUGAAGCCAACUGGGUAAAGGAAGAGCCAGUCAGUGACAGGAGGCACAGGCUGAUGGCCAUUCGGAAUGGGCUUUUGACAGCUCCCCAUACCAUCAAGAAGAAAGUCCUGCUUGUCACCCCAAACCACAGGCUCCUUCCACAGAAACGUCAUUUCUUUUUCUUCUGGAGGAAAAUAUAAGGCAUGAGGGAAACCUCUAACUUGCCUGAGCAGCAGAGAAUGUCUGUUUCCUAGAUAUUUCCUCUUUCACAUUCACAGGGUGGGGGGGAAGCCUCCAAAAGGGGGAAAAUGUUUCUCUCAAAGGCUUGAAAUAAAAGUUGUUCCUUUUGAAAACAAAAUCAUGAAGAUGAGCAAUUUGUAAUUCUAUGUUAUUUUUAUUAAUGUUAGAAUCAGGAUUCUCUUUGUUUUGAAUAUAGCACAGAUAGAUGCCAGACAGGAUUUGAAACAACCACCACGAUUAAUCUUCCUGUGCUGUCAGUGCACAUAGGCAACACAGACAGGUCUCUGCUCCUAAGGAGCGAGGAAACAACAGAGGGAGGGAAGAAUCAUGCAUGAAUGCCAUGAAAUGUGCUUAAACUUGGAUGCCAUUGGGAAUGAGGAUUAAGAGGAUAAGAUGUGGAAAAGGUGGGUGUUGUUGAAUGAGGGAUCUGAGGAUCAGAAGAGAGAUAGCAAUAAGUGAUCAGGGAGGCAGUUCCACCUGCACAUAGGGAGCAGCAAGGGAGAAUAAUUCUUAUAGUUUCUAUAAUAAUUUCUAUAAUAAUUCUGCUCCUGACUGCUAUGUUGCCACUGACCCACAAGCUACAAAAAAGAAAAUGGAAUUAUCAGGAGGGCUGGAUAUUACACCCACAAACUGUGGGCAUGAUCCAGCCAAAGCUGGUCCCAUUGGUUUUGAGAAGAGCAGUCUAACUCUCCCACUGAAAUAGAUGGCACUUCAAUGUACUUCUUUUUGUGCCCCACUUUGAUUGACCACACCUACCACUUUUCAGAAAUAUCAACAUUAGGCUCCAAGAAAACAAUCUGGAAUUAUCCCUGUGCCGAGAGAGAGGAAAAGAAGGAAGGAAGCACACAGCCUGCCUCCUUCUGGCACAUUCUUCUUGUAGCCAACUGAGAUGGUUGGCUUAUACCUAAAAACUGGUCUGUAGGUUGUGUUGAAGUUUGUCUGUCCUGGGCAUUCAGCAUUCUAUGCCAAGAUAAACCCAAUUUUCCACCAGGUCCAGGUUCACUGUCUAUAAUCAAAAGCCAUCACAUUAUAUGAUAAAACAACAUUAUAUUACCAAGUAUAAAUGACAUUUUCAAAUAAAAAGAGAAUCGUUUCCACAUAACACCAUCAAGUACAAAAGGUAUCUGAGCAGCUAGAUUAAAACAUGGGAGUUAAAUCAGGUGAUCACCAGCCCAGGAAAUGUCAAUUGGCUGGGUAAAUUUGUACUGAUGUAGUCUCAACAGUAAAUAACAAUGUUCCUAUAGUCAAUGUAGUAAUUGUUUUUAUUUAUUUAAUUUUAUUGUAUACAGGAAAAUACAAAAGAGAGAUCAAACAAGAACAAAAUACAUUCUACCCUGGUGAUACAGAGUAGAGCAAUGUAUCUUGAUCUGAUAACAGGAAGAAAACUCUUCAUAAAAUCUGAAAACUUAGUAUAGGACUCUAGCAGCUAUCAACAGCAACAUAGUUCUUUGGUUGCUGUAUAAUUCUGUACCAAGACAAGCUGUAUUCUGCAACUGAAAUAAAUUAUAUGAAGAAUAAGUCAUACAGUUAUUGUGCAUAAAUGAUGGAGAGGGGCAAAGAGCUCUGCAGGGCAUUGAUACCCCAUCCAUUGACAGCUGGAAAUAAUCUUCCCCACUGAAUUUCUAAGACCUUAUCUGCCAUUUCUCACUUUCUUUCAAGCCUAAA